CACAUCAUUAUUAACUAAGAUAACUGAGUUUUUAAAUAUUUUUAACUAAACGCUUAUAAUUACAUUUUCAUAUAUAUCACUGGCUAUCGUUCGCACGUAAAAUUUAAUUAAUACUUACGGUCGCAACGAUUUAUAUUUUUCCCAUAACAUUUCAUUUGUUCGGUAAUAAUGAUUUUACAAAAAAUUGCGUUUGUUAUUAUUGCAAAGCUAAUCAUUGCUCAAGGAAGAAUUUCAGACGGUGAGGGAGACCACAAAGAUAAAAAUUUGGAAUUUAAACCUGAAAUGACAAGUAAAGAACUGUUGGAUUUUUGUCAUAGUCACAGCACAUAUGUCAGAGACACGUGUUCUCAACGGAUCCGAAGAAAGUCCACUUUAGAUUUAAAUUGGACUAAUCAUAGAGCGAACUCGGAAAAUGGGUUGAGGGUAAGGGUGUUACAAUGGAAUAUUCUAUCGGAUGUCUUAGGCCUAUAUAAAGAUAACUUUAGUAGAUGUCCUACUGAAGCAUUGGAAUGGGUUUACCGGCGAUGUCUAAUACUCGAUGAAAUGUUUGCCUAUGAACCCGACGUUAUGUGCUUACAAGAAGUCGACCACUUUGAUUUCUUUAAUAGAGCCUUGGCCACUCAGUCGUAUAGUGGUGUAUUUGUACCCAAAAAGCGUACACCUUGUAUUGGGAUAAAAGGAAAUAAUGGACCGGAUGGCUUAGCAAUAUUUUACAAUAACAAUAAAUAUGAGCUCUUAGAAAAACACAAAUGGAACUUUUAUCACUUAGCAAGAGGUAGUCGACAGGUGGCAUUAUUAGUUAUACUGAGAGAUAAAAGUUCGGGAGUUAAGUUCUGUGUUGCCACCACUCAUCUCAAAUCACAAAAAGGUAUAAGAGAGUCAGCUUUACGAAACAAACAAGGCGAAGAUCUUUUGAAAUUUGUAUCUAAACACGCUAAACGCUGUCCUACUAUUAUAACCGGUGAUUUCAACGCUGAACCCAUCGAACCCGUAUAUAAGACUAUGUGCAGUAACCCUAAAUUCAGAUUGGAUAGCGCAUACAAUUUACACGGUAAAGAAUCAGAAUAUACAACAUGGAAGAUCAGGGCCGAAGAAGGUGAAGUUAAAGAAACUCUUGACUACAUAUUUUACACUCCAAAGUACCUAGCUGUAAGUACCAUAAUCACCAUGCCAGAAGAAAAAAGUGUUGACGAAAACAGAUUUCCCUCGUUUGCCUAUCCUUCCGAUCACUUAUCAUUAAUUGCUGAUUUUACCUUUAACAAAAUACACAUAACUACGGACUUGAUUGACCAAAUAUUGUCCUAUAUUGAAGAUCUACAAUCAUUAUUUACCACUAUUAUUAAAAAGCUAUACACAAAAAAAUGACUAGCCAGCCUAAAUUUAAAUUCCACAAAUGUUUUCAUGUUAUUAUUAUUACUUUUUUAAAGCUGAUACUUGGCUUUAAGAGUGUAAGUGACAAGUGUAAAUUAGUUAUCACAAAAAAAAACCUAGUUAAUGAAGUAGUAUUCUAAUUCUUAUAUUAAACUAAUUAAACAAAUUUUAAAUGCAAUUCAGCUUGGACUCGCAUAUAUAAUACGGAGUACGAUGAAAUGAAAAUGAAAAUUUUAAGGAUUUACAAUUAAGCAGUAAAGAAGACAGCUGUGCGUUUUUAAUUUGUAUUGUAUUAAAAUGAGAAUUGUAUUUACUCUCCUUUACUUCCAAGUGGUCCAACCUCCUACAAUCUUUAGGUAGAACUGAUUGGGUUUCCCAUCCUACUACAUCAUUAUUAAUCUAUAAGUCAAUGAUUAAGUCUUAGAUCUUGACUAUUGUUCUUAAAAAAAACAAAAAAAUACUAUAUAUACUUUAUCUUAAUCAAACGUUUCUCGUCAUUUUUUUUU